CCGGAAUGACAUCGCCGGAUGAGCGCAAGAGUUUCUGGGAGCGACAUGAGUUCAAGUUCUAUCGGUACGGACAUGUGUAUGCCCUGAUCUAUGGCCAAGUGGUGAUCGAUUAUGUGCCCCAAAGGGCGCUGAAACGUGGCGUCAAGAUGCUACUAAUUGCAUAUGGUCAUCUAUUUAGCAUGCUGCUGAUUGUGGUGUUGCCCGGUUACUUUUGCUACCACUUUCGCACCCUAACUGAUACCCUGGAUCGGCGUUUGCAAUUGCUGUUCUAUGUGAGCUUUGCCAAUACGGCCAUCAAAUAUGCCACCGUAAUUGUGACCUAUGUGGCCAAUACCGUGCACUUUGAGGCCAUCAAUCAGAGGUGCACCAUGCAGCGGAUGCAUCUGGAGGAUGAGUUCAAGAACGCACCACAGAAGCCCAAGCGACCGUUUGAGUUCUUCAUGUACUUCAAGUUCUGUCUGAUCAAUCUGAUGAUGAUGAUCCAGGUGUGUGGCAUAUUUGCCCAGUACGGUGAGGGUGGCAAGGGUUCGGUUAGCCAGGUGCGAGUCUACUUUGCGAUCUACGCCUUUGUGCUGUGGAACUACACGGAGAACAUGGCGGACUACUGCUAUUGGAUCAACGGUUCGGUGCUCAAGUACUACAGGCAAUUCAAUCUCCAGUUGGGUUCGCUUAGGGAUGAAAUGGAUGGUCUGAGACCCGGUGGUAUGCUGCUCCAUCACUGCUGUGAGCUGAGCGAUCGCCUGGAGGAGCUGAGAAGAAGGUGUCGGGAUAUCCACGAUCUGCAGCGCGAGAGCUUUCGGAUGCAUCAGUUCCAGCUGAUCGGACUCAUGCUGAGCACGCUCAUUAACAACCUGACCAACUUCUAUACCCUGUUCCACAUGCUGGCCAAACAGUCGCUGGAGGAGGUCAGCUAUCCGGUGGUUGUGGGUUCCGUCUACGCCACAGGCUUUUACAUAGACACCUAUAUUGUGACCCUGGUCAAUGAGCACAUCAAACUGGAGCUGGAGGCGGUGGCCCUGACCAUGCGCCGAUUCGCGGAGCCACGGGAAAUGGACGAGCGACUGACCAGGGAGAUAGAACACCUUUCGCUGGAGCUGCUCAACUACCAACCGCCCAUGCUGUGUGGACUUUUGCACCUGGAUCGCCGACUGAUGUACCUGAUUGCAGUCACCGCCUUUUCCUAUUUCAUAACCCUGGUGCAGUUUGACCUCUAUCUGCGCAAGAAGUCCUAGUUAAUGUUCCCCAGAACCGAACCAAAGAAUCCGAAUUUAGAAUAAAUGUUAAUAGUAUGUGAAACCACAAA